CAUUGUAUCUUCCUUUUGCAGAUACGUCCGGUUCUCUUACUUAUAAUUCGUCCUCUAUGGAACUCCUGAAGGAUCUUCCAUUUCCCAUUACAUAUUACACACUUACAGCAAAAGAAUUGGAAGACAAUGGAUAUUGUCGCAAUCAAUCAAAUUGUCUUUCUACUAUGCCUGCUCCUUCAGGUUCUCUCAAUGAAAUAUUGGCUCUUGAUUGCGAGAUGUGUAUCACAACUGAGGGCUUCGAGUUGACGAGACUCACAUUAGUGGAUAUAAAAGGACAGGUUGUGUUGGAUAAAUUGGUAAAACCUUCAAACUCCAUCAUUGAUUACAAUACAAGGUUUAGCGGAAUCACAUCAGAGAUGUUAGAUGGGGUGACAACAAGUCUUCAAGAUAUUCAGGAAGAGUUCUUAAAGCUGGUAAACAAAGAGACCAUCUUAGUUGGGCAUUCCUUGGAGAAUGAUCUGUCAGCAUUGAAAAUCUUUCAUGAGUUGGUAAUUGAUACUGCUGUAUUAUACAAGCAUCCCCGUGGAGGGUCUCAUAAAACUGCUCUUCGAGUUCUGGCCAAGAGAUUUCUUUGUAAGGAGAUACAGCAGUCAGGGUCUGGACACGACAGCAUUGAGGAUGCAAGAGCUGCAAUGGAGUUAGCACUAUUAAAGAUUAAAAAUGGCCCUGAUUUCGGUUCACCUCCAUCAUUUACGCGGAGGAAGCUCCUCUCAGUUUUGAAUGACUUUGGAAAAAUGUCUUCUUUCAUUGAUGAUGUAUCCAUUGUGAAGCGGUAUGCUGGUGAAUUAUCCCAUGCAAUUCCUGUGUCAUCUGAUGAUGAAGCUCUUUCCAGGGCCAAAAUUGAGGCGAAGAGUCAGCGGGCACAGUUUGUCUGGACCCAAUUUUCAGAAUUGAAUUCUUAUUUCAAGAAACAAGCAGAGGACAUGGAGAAGUUGAAUGAAAAACUUGCUAGGAUGAUAUCGGAACUUACAUGCAGUAAGAAACCUGCCAACAGAAGAGGCAACAAAUAUAACAUUCCCGCUGAACUAAAGGAGAUCCUUACUCGCUUGAAUGCUAGGGUUUGUAGUCUCUACGAUGCACUACCAACUAAUGCCAUGCUUAUUAUCUGCACCGGGCAUGGCGACACAGCCACUGUUCAUAGGAUAAGGAAAAUGCUGAGAGAGCAAAGUGAAACUAGCAUGUGCCGUGAGAAAAUCGUAAAGGUCUUGGAAGAGCUUCAGGCCCAAGCUGAAGUAGCUUUGUGUUUUGUAAGUGUUAAGCAAUAAGCACAUGCUAAAGUUGUCUUAUAUAAACAGUUUCAUUAUUUUGUUUUAUUCGCCUGUUACAUGGAUAGCUUAGCUUGAUUAAAUGAUAUUGGCCUUGCAAUUUUGAAACGA